AUGGACCACUACUGUAAACGUGCCGUCUUUUCUCUGCUUAUCAUCAUCUACGUAGCUGUAACACCGAUUGUAUCAGAAAUAAUAGUAUCGUCUACAGAACCGGUGAUAGCUGAAAAAACUGCAGUAAGCAAUAAAACUGAUGAUAACAUUGAAACAACAACUACAGCUUUGGUAAUUCGAGCAAAACGUCAAUGGGGUGGUUUUGCAUGUUGUUCAAUACUAACGCUGUGUUGUCCGGUACUUCCACCACCGCCACCUCCACCAAUGGUAUAA